UAUGAGGUAAUCUAACAAUGAUAAGAACCUUCCUCCUCAAGGAAACUCUAUUGAUAAGUAAUUUUAUUAUAAUCUUCUUUCUCUUGAGAAGGCUAUUAUCAAAGAACCAUAACUUGAUGCUGUACAAUAGGCCCUUGCUAUGUAUAGGUAAUUGUUGCAUAUCUAUCAAUAGAAAGUGUGUGGAAUAUUUCGAUAAUAUUCAGGAUCCAAUCAAAUAUUAUUUUUUGGAUAAGAUUCAAUAAGCUUUGAGUGAAACUAAAACUCUUAUGCUCAUUAUCAAUUCCAAAUCAGAAAUUGAGUCUUCCAAGACUAUUAGUCCUGUCAAGAGGUCUUCUAUCUCAGACUUACCUCCACCUCUAUUAUCUGAUUAAUAGAUCAUGGAUAAGAAACUCAGAUCAAAAUAAGUCACAUUAUAAAUUAAGUUGCAUGAAGCAGCUGAUUAACAAUGUAAAAUCAAUUCAUAUUUAUUCUAGCUGAAAUGCUCAAUACAAUGGUCACUGAUUUUACAACUAAUACUACAAGUACAGAUUAAAAGGUCAGGCAAGAUUUAAAUUAAUAAGCAGACAUUAUAUAAGCUAGAAUACUCAAGAGAUAGCAAAGUACGAAAAUGAAAGGUUGUUCAUCAAUGCAAAUAUUGUUAUGA